ACACAGUAAUCGAUACUUAUUUGGCUUUGCAUUCCUGUGCACUGUGACUGCUGCCAACUCGCAACUUGUUAUCUUCAACGCGAAAAACAUUAAAGAAAAUCCAAAUUGAGUGCGUAAAUAAACAUAAAAUACAGGCACAACGUGAAAAUAGCGUAACUUAGCAACCGCAUAGGUUUGCAAGGAGCCGGCUGCCUAAAGCAAGCGGCCCCAAGCAGACGUAGCUUUCCUAUUGUUUGUGUUUGUGCGUACAUUGCGUGAGUGUGUGUGUGUAUGUGCGAGUGUUGGAACAAUAACAAGCCCAACAAAAUGCGAAUGAAUUGUAACGGAGCAGCGUUCAAUGCGGUCGCUGCCUUUGUGCUGCUGCUGCAGCAGAAGCAGCGAUGAUUCAUAGCCCACAAUAAUUAUACCAACAACAAUAACAACGGCCGUGCCUUAAUAUCGAACGUAGAGCAAUAAAACACACACAAACACACGAAACGUUGGCAAAAUGCCGCUGCUGUCCAAAUGCUUUCCUUGCUUCAAAUUUAAACGUGAAGAGGUCAUCGACAAGCUGGACUACAGCAAUACACCGCUCCAGGAUGCCUUUCCCGAGGUGUGGCAGCACGAACGUACCCUCGAGGAGUUGCAUCUGAGUAAUGCGCGGCUACAAACACUGCCGCCGCAGCUGUUCUACUGCCAGGGAUUGCGCAUCCUUCAGGUGAACAGCAACAAUCUGGAGAGCAUACCGCAGGCCAUUGGUUCGCUGCGUCAAUUGCAACAUCUCGAUCUGAACCGCAAUCUUAUUGUCAAUGUGCCGGAGGAGAUUAAGGCGUGCAAACAUCUGACCCACUUGGAUCUUAGCUGCAACAGCCUGCAACGUCUGCCUGAUGCGAUUACGUCGCUUAUUUCGCUGCAGGAACUGCUGCUAAAUGAAACAUACCUGGAGUUUCUGCCUGCAAACUUUGGUCGUUUGGUCAACCUGCGAAUUUUGGAGGUGCGCCUCAACAAUCUCAUAACGCUGCCCAAGUCGAUGGUGCGUUUGGUUAGCCUGCAGCGGCUUGAUAUUGGCGGCAAUGAGUUCACCGAGCUGCCAGAGGUCGUUGGAGAACUUAAGUCACUGCGCGAGCUGUGGAUCGAUUUUAAUCAAAUUCGUCGUGUUGCGCCCAACAUUGGCAAACUGCGCGAACUGCAACACUUUGAGGCCAAUGGCAAUUUGCUGGACACACUGCCCAAUGAGCUAAGCAAUUGGCGUAACGUGGAGGUCUUGUCAAUCUGCUCCAAUAAUCUGGAGGCAUUUCCGUUUAGCGUGGGCAUGCUCAAGUCGCUAGUCACGUUUAAGUGCGAGUCAAAUGGGCUCAGCGAGCUGCCCGACAGCAUAAGCUACCUGGAGCAGCUGGAGGAGCUGGUGCUGAGCCACAACAAGCUUAUGCGGCUUCCCAGCACUAUUGGAUCGCUGGUCAAACUGCGUUUCCUCUUCGCCGAUGACAAUCAGCUGCGCCAGCUGCCCGACGAGCUCUGCAGCUGCAGUCAAUUAAGUGUCUUAAGCGUGGCCAACAAUCAGCUCUCAGCGUUGCCCCAAAAUAUAGGCCAUUUAGCCAAGCUGAAGGUGCUUAAUGUAGUUAAUAACUACAUCAAUGCCCUGCCCGUUUCCAUGCUGAGCCUGGUAAAUCUCACGUCUCUGUGGCUUAGCGACAAUCAGUCGCAACCACUGGUGCCACUACAGUAUUUGGAUGCCAGCAGCAAGACGCAGCUCACGUGCUUUAUGCUGCCACAGGUGACGUUCAAGAUGCAGGCCCAGCAGCAACAGCAGGUCCAGGACCAAUACGAGUUUGUCUACGCGAAUCAUCAGCAUCAGCCACAGCAGCCGUCGAGCCCAUCGCGGCGCAUAUGCUUUGCCGAGGAGACAACCAUUCUGAGUGCGGGCAGCACCAACACUAACCCCAGCAGCGCACCACAGCCCGCUCCAAGUUACUCCGCCAGCUAUGUGACAGCUCCGCCCACUCCUGAGCAGCUGCCUGCCGGCAGCUCGGUGCGUUUAAUGCGUUCACCCACGCCGUAUCCCAAGGAGCUGCGCCAAAUGGCCAAGUAUAUGCGUCAGGCGCAGGCGGCGAAUGCGGCGGCAUCGGGGUCCAGCGAGGUGCGAGAGGCGCGUGUCGUGGUGCCCAACGGCCAAGUGGCCAUGCCACACUGUGAUAGCAAUCAGGACGCUGUGGAUCAUGCCACGGCAAGUGCAAUAUAUGGUGUUGCGCCCGAGGCGGCCCACAUCUACGGUGUCUACCAGCCGGCGCAGCAGCAGGCCACCCAGGAAUAUUAUGGUUUGCCGCUUGUCAACUACGAGGCGCACUACCAGCAACUCUAUGUGGAUGCCAACAGCUUGCCGCUGCCUACUACGCAUUUGUCAAAUGGAGCUGAAGAGAAUUAUGAGCUGCAACCGCUACAACAGCAGCCAGCAGCGCCUCCACCACGCAUGGAACCGCCGCCCUAUCACAUAGCACGUGUGUACACCAAGAAAACGCCCGAAGAUCUCACACUCUACGAGUCCAUGCGACAGCGCAAGCAACAACAACAAGAACAACAGCAGCAGCAACAACAGCCAACAACACAGCCGCUCUACGAGCAGAGCAUCAGCUACCAGGAUGCGCUAAAUAGCAACUUCAAGACAACGGCGAUCGGUGCACAAUCAGAGGAGCUGGACUACCAGAACAAUAUCAACAUAGAGCAACUUGAACUGCAGCAGCAGGAGCAGCAGCAGCUUGAGCUUGAAGAUGAGCAGCAGCAGUUGCAAGAUGUGGAUGAUACCCUAUCGCAGAACUCAUUAAAUUCCACGGCCACCAACAAUACAUCCAGGGCUAAAAAGUCAGCCUGGAUAUUUGGUGUGCACAAAAAUCCCACUGUCAAGCAGGUGACCCUCAAAUGGGAAAACAGCAUUGGCUUCGACAUUGCCGAGCUGCUUAAUCAGGUGGGCAUCUUUGUUAGUGCUAUCACACCAAAUUCAAAUGCCGCGCGGCUGCUGAGCCUCAACGAUAAGCUGUUGGAGAUCGACGGCUAUGACCUGACCAAUGCCAAUCUGAGCGAUGCCAAACGUGUCCUGCUUAACUGCGGCACAGUCAUAAAUAUAAUGCUGUCACGCAAGUGAUGGCCCCUUCCGUGUCCCACUCC